AUGGACCCCGUGUCAGCUAUAGGUGUUGCCUCCGCCGUCAUUAGUUUUGUCGACUUCAGCAUCAAAAUCAUCCGCGGAGCAAUCCGGAUAUACGGUGAUGCCAACCGUGACAAUGACUGGCAGAUGCCAGAAGACGUGGCCGAAAAGAUGAUCAAGCUCGUCCGAAAUCUACGGCAGACGUCAGGCUUUGGCGUCACACCGGACGAGAAGGAGAUUGCCGAGCUUGCCAAGACUUGCAUGACGCUGGCGGAGCGGCUCGCCGCGCUCUUCAAGUCUCUGCGGCCCAAGGACGCCAGGUCGAAGCGACAGUGUCUUUGGGCGGCGGUCAAGGCGAAGCACAAGCAGGCAGACGUCGAGGAUUUGGAGAAUAAGUUGCGCACUUGUCGUGACCAAUUGCAAUUGCAUCUUACCCAUUCUGACUUCCUCAAUGGGAAGAACAUGAAAAAUGCUCUUGAGACCAUGAUCUUGCAACGUGAAGCUGACUCCGCCAAGUUCAGUUCCUUGUUUACGAUUCUGGGGGCACAAGCCAUCACGCACCUUCGAGAAGCAGUCUCCGUGCAAAGCGGGCUGCUCAAUGAUGCUGCUACAUCGACGAUCCUGAAGAGCAUCGCAUUCGAUGGAAUAAAUGCCAGAUACGGAUCGAUUCAUGACGCCCACCAGGAUACACUCCGCUGGAUUCUGGAAGAUGACGACCAGCGCCAACUGCAGCCAUUGCUUAUGUCCUCAAAGCAGAGACUGAACAACUGGCUCUGCAAUGGAACAGGUAUCUUUCACAUCUCUGGAAAAUUAGGAUCCGGAAAGUCAACAUUGAUGAAACUCUUGGUUGAUCAUCCGCACACCCAACAGAGGCUUGAGACUUGGGCUGGUCAGACCAUCUAA